GAGGUGGUGUGGAGUGAAGCAGCGGUCAUGCAAGCGUCGUCCUGCUUUCCACACACACGCUGAACUCUGUGUGUGUGUGUGUUUGUGUGUGUUUGUGUGUGUUUGUGUCACACAGCAUUCGUGAGGAUCACAGAGAAAGGACUAAAUGUGGAUUGGAUGUUUUUUCUUCCACUCUUUCAAUGACCCGUCUGGAUGGAAGGAGUUCCAGGGUUUCUGAAGCCUGACCACACUUCAGUCUUGAUUUGCUGCGCCGCCACAGAACAGACAACCUCAUUUUUUUUGCCCAGUAUGGACAACAAUGGCACCUAUGUGGACGACUAUCUGUACUUCAGGGACAGUCUCAGUGGCUUCAGCAUCACCAUGGCCAUCUUGUACCUGGUCGUUUGCAUCAUGGGACUGGCUGGGAACUCUUUGGUUAUCGUGGCCAUUUUGAAACUGGACAAAAUGUCAUCGUCCACCACUGUGUACAUCUUCAACCUGGCGCUGGCUGAUGGACUUUUCAUGGUGGGUCUCCCCUUCAUCGCCAGCCAGAACUUCCAAAAUGACUGGAUGUUUGGGGACGUCGCCUGCAAAGUGGUGAUGGUUCUGGACGGCAUCAACCAGUUCACCAGUGUCUUCUGCUUGACCGUGAUGAGCAUCGACCGCUACAUGGCCCUGUCCAACCCGCUUCGCUUUGCCCGUUGGAGAACUCCGCGCUGCGCUAAGGUCGUCUCUGCGGUUCUGUGGCUGUUCUCGCUCCUCACGAUUCUACCGAUGGCGCUGCACUUCUCGGCGGACCAGGGCCUGUGUAUACCGGACAUCGCCUCCAACGCUUGGUGGCUCGGCAUCCUCUCCUACACCUUCGUCAUGGGGUUUGCGUUGCCGUUCACGGUCAUGACGGCUUCCUACGCGGCAUUGCUGAUCACCUUGAGAUACCGACUUCGAAGCUCACCAGUGAACCCUGACAGCCACUGCCUGGAGCGACAGGUCACCAAAAUGGUGGUGGCGGUGGUGGUUGUGUUCGCGGCAUGUUGGCUACCUUUUUACACCUUCAACUUCUGCUCCCUGUACCAAACCGGACUGGUGCAGGACUUCACCAGAGCUUUUGAGUUUGCGGUCCUUCUGUCGUACUCGUGGAGCUGCGCUAACCCCAUCCUUUACGCCUGCCUGUCCGACACCUUCAGACGGCACUUCCACACCCUCCUCCGACCUGCUAAGUCACCUGCCAGCAUGCAGUGCAACAACGAACGUGUACACCAUCAAGAACAUGUCAAGCCUGUAGAUGUCAGUGUGGUGAGACCAUUGAGUACCAUUAACCAAUGAGAAUCCUGAAAAGAAUCACAAGAAAAUGUUACUUCCAUUACGUCUCACAUGUCGCAAAUGUAUUGUUGAAAACUGCGACAUCCAUCCCAGAUCUGUGUUUCCCUCUGGUUACAUGCGAACGCCAAAAUGGAGAUUUGUCAAAAUCUCCACUUUGGCCAAAGUUUUUAGAAACCUAUGGAAGCAAAUCUGUCUCAUCAGAUUUUGAAUCAUA